AUGUCCGCCAUCGUCCUUCCUUCCGAGCCUCCCAGCGGCACCUCGAGCCCGCCGCCAAUCACAAUCCGGCCCCGUCAGCCGGAAGACAUGCCGGCCCUCUGUGACCUUUUGGGACGGCAGCAGUCUGCCACUCUUUAUCCGGUCCAGUGGCCGCUAUCGAUGCCUAUCCCCGACUUUAUCGCGCGCCCAGGCGAGAUGGUAGCCUUCGUUGCUGAAUCCUCUGGCCAGAUCCUGGGACACGUGGCCGUGCGGUAUGGUCCUCACGGCCCAGCCAACGAGCGCGAGUUGACGGUCCGCUGGGCAAAGGCGCACGGCUGCGCCGAGGAAGACGUGCGCGUCAUCACCGUUCUAUUCACCGACCCCGCGUGGGCGGGCAAGGGCGUCGGGUCGGCCCUCUUCCGCGCCGCGACCCAAGCGGCGUUGGCGGGCGGCGGGCGGCCAUGUCUCGACGUUGUUGUGUCCGACAAUGGCCCGCUCGGGUUCUAUCAGCGCCGCGGGUGGGAGAUUGUCGGCGAAUGGGACGCGCCGUGGGCCAUGGGCAAGUUUCUCGUGUACCUAAUGAUUCUGCCAGUGGAGGCGGAUGGUGUGACUAAUUCGAAUGCAUCGGCGACUCCAGGACCAGCUACGCGGGUAGACGCGACUGGCCCGUAG